GCUGAGGAGGCGCCGCCAUUUUGUGAGGCCGCCGCCGCCAGCGCCGCUAGCGCCGCCAGCGCCAUGCGUCCCGGCAUCAAACUGUUCGUGGGCAAUGUCCCCGAGGAGGCGACGGCGGAAGAACUGAGCGAACUGUUUUCCGGGGCCGCCGGCCCGGUGCUCGGCAUCGCCUUGAUGAAACAGUUCGCUUUCGUUCACCUCCGGGACGAAGCGGCGGCGGCCCGCGCCAUCACGCAGCUCAACGGCCAUCAGCUGCACGGCCGCCGCAUCGUGGUGGAGCCGUCCCGGCCGCGGCCCACCAACACCUGCAAGAUUUUUGUCGGCAACGUCUCGGCCGCCUGCACCAGCGGCGAGCUGCGGUCGCUGUUCCAGCAAUACGGCACCGUCGUGGAGUGCGAUGUGGUCAAAGGUACCGGACCCGCCGCUCCGGGGCCGCCCGGCCCUCCCUCCCCCGCGCCGGGACCCCGUGGGGCCCUCAGAGCCCCUUACUGGGGGGGGGGGGUGCGGCCUCCGCGAUGUGGUGCCGCGUGCGGCCCUGAGGCGGAGCUGGGGGGG